GUCCAUUUUAUUAGGGGACCUCGGACGGGCAGCGAAGCAGUUGGCUGAACCCAAGCUGUCGAUCCCGGUCCUAUCCAGCGAAUGAGAGCGGCGAGGUGCCCGAGAUGGAUAUCUCCCGGCUUGGCGAAGUUUGGGGAUAAGGAUCCCUCAUUCAGCACGCAAAAUGUUUUUCCUUAGGUAAAGUAAAGGAUGGAUGAACAGAGUGUCUUGAAGGGGGGGAUGUGGGAGGUAGCACAGAUGGCUGAAGUUUUCCCUUCCGGCAUUCCAAUCUUUUUCUAUUCGGUCUCUCUCUGGUCCUUUUUUUUCCCUUUUCUACUUUUAUCUUCUUGUUUAUCCAUGUGGUAUUCCCCCCCUUGAUCGAAAUUUCCUCCCUCCUACCUGCGUGUCCUUAAUUGAAAACAAACCUACAUACAUCCAUCAUCUACCGGUCGGGGUGCCGGUUCAAUAGAUUGCUUACGUCGCCAUUUUCAUAUAGAGGUUCAAGCAGCACGGUUCGAGAGCCACGAUUCAGAGAGCUCCGGUAGAAGGCGCUCCCUAGGCAAAAUCUCGACCAAUAUGCUUAGCAGAGCCUCUAUGGUGCGGAGAUAGUCACGCUGAACGAUGAUGCGAACCGUAUCGAACCGGGUUUUACCCCUUGGCGCCCGCUACGUCUCUGUGCUAUUAGCUGCCCUACUCGUCUACUACGUCAUUCGUGAACCCCUCAACUCAGCUGUGAGUAAUAUAUCAAUAGGAGGGAAGGGCAAUUUCUAUACGACUGGUCCGGACAGCGAUCAAGAUGGUGUUCCUAUUCUUGGCGGCGAUAGUAAGUCGCGCUACGUAGGUCCCGCUGGCGCGGCGCAAGCUAUCCGCGACAAAAAUGAACAGCAAAGGCCAAUGGGGGAUAAUGGUCAUGCUAUCGCCUACGUGAAGAAGUACAAGCCAGACCCGGAACCAUAUACACCAAUUGGAGACCAUUUUCCAUUUCUCACACAUUCCGAAUCCCCACCGGCCGUCCUCGAAAAUAACCUACCUCCGUUCCCCCACGUCGAAGAAGCAACACCGCUCCUUAUCGGUUUCACAAGGAAUUGGCCAUUGUUACUACAAUGCGUCAGUAGUUACAUUGCAGCGGGUUGGCCGCCGGAGGAUAUAUACGUGGUCGAGAACACGGGGGUAUUCUAUUCGAAUAAGCGGGGUGAGCUGGAAUUGCAGAAUCCAUUUUUCCUCAACCACACUGCGCUCGCCAUUCUAGGAGUUAAGGUCAUCACGACACCGACACUCCUCAGUUUUUCGCAGCUGCAAAAUUUCUUCCUGCAGACAGCAAUUGAUCGCGAAUGGCCCUUUUACUGGUGGAGUCAUCAAGACGUGUUAGUCCUCAGCGACGAGGACGUAAAAAAGAAUGAUCGCGACCACGAUUGGGACCACGAUCCCUACGCGACCAUCUACGAGCGUUGCGUGGGACUACUAAGGUACCUCAAUGGCCCUGAUAUGCCGCCCUGGGCCACCCACUUCUUCGCCUUCGACCACCUCGCUCUCGUCAACCGCGAUGCGUACCUCGACGCCGGCGCGUGGGAUACAAAUAUUCCGUACUAUUCCUCCGAUUGCGAUAUGUACCUUCGCCUGCAUUGGGCCGGGUACUGGCAACCGCAAAGCGAAGUCGGUCUGAUUUUCGACGUCGCGACUGUGCUUGACGAUAUCUCAGCGCUGUUCCGCGUCCCUGGCGCCCAUGCUACGUUCCAGGGCGAUCCGGUAUAUGCGCUUGUGGCGGGCGGCGAUGCGAGUUCUGAACAGGAACGCGCGCAUCGCGAGGCGGAGCUUAAGCGUGAGCAGGAUAUGUGGCCGUGGGUCGAUAAGGAGGGCGAGACUUUUGCGCAUCUCGUGGAAGUCGCUGGGCGCAUGCAGGAUGCGAAAUGGGCGGAUGAAGGUAUUAAUCGCAACUCCUGGCAGGGAAGGCAGACGGGUGGUCAGUCUGAUCCGUUUUAUCGCGACCCUGAGGGCUUCGCGGCGGGUAUUGAGACGUUGGUGGAGGCUGGACGCCGGGUUUUCGCUGAUAAGUGGGGACAUCGUGGGUGCGACUUGUUGUCGCUGGGUAUUGAGGGUAAAGAUGCUUGGCGCCUUGAGCGCGAUUGGGAUAUUCAUGAAGCUCCUGGAAAUGAGGGCGGGAGCUGGGGUAAGGAUUGGAUGACGGGGGCUCUGGAUCUAGCUCCCUAGGUUGCCUUCAUACCUUCAACCUAGGUAUAGAAAUAGGUAAAUGGAUGUGAAUGGAGGGGAGUCGGUAGAUUUGAGCAAAACAUAUCGCUCGGUUAUGAGGUGGCAGCGAUUUUCAAAACUGCGUGUAUAUACUCUUCGGCGUUAGAUGGACGGAUUGGGAGCAGCGUCUCCCCUGGCGUUUCUGAGACGAUUGAUCUUUCAAAAGCGCUUGCGCGUAUAUAUAAAGCUCAUAGCAACGAUACAAUUGUAGAUAAUUUACUUAUGAUUUCGCUUUGCGAUUUUUUGCCUAGGUUGAAGAUGGGAUUCAUGUCGUGUAGAUCUGCAAGACACCUGAAGAAUCAAUCAUAUACAGCUCCUGAGAUCUACGAUAUUAAUUGUCUUCAUUAUACAUUAGGUAUCAUAGGUGCAUUCGACCACUGAGACCUCCU